GUUACUCAAGCACUGAUCAAAUUAAAGACACAGGCACAGCCCAAGUAUUUCAUAAUAGUCAUGGCUAGCUCCAUCGUCCUUAGGAUUACUUGCAUGGUUCUCAUCUCCAUGAUGGUUUCUGCACCGCUCGCCCACGCUGCCAUAUCAUGUGGCUCGGUUACUGGCAACUUGGUGGCUUGCAUAACCUACGUCAGGAAUCCGGGUAGUGGGCCCGUCCCUCCAGCCUGCUGCAAAGGGAUUUCUGCCAUCAACAGUGCCGCCAAGACCACCCCCGACCGCCAGGCCGUCUGCGAGUGCUUGAAGAAAGCCGCUGGCGCCGUCUCCAGUGUCAACCCUGCUAUUAUUGCUGGCCUCCCCGGCAAGUGUGGAGUUAACGUUCCUUACAAGAUCAGCACCUCCACCAACUGCAAAACCGUCAAAUGAGGUCAACGGAGAAGCAAUAAUCAGCCACGGGAUGUACUAGUAGUAAUUUGAUAGCAUGAGAAUAAAAUGGGUGUUAGGCCCAUACCUACGUGGCUCCUUACGUGGGAGUCGUUUAUGUUUCGUUUGCUGUCGUAUUUCAUCAUGUACUGUACUGGACACGUUUAUGCAGUAGAUAUGCUAAAUAAAUAUUAAUACUACUUCUCUCUC